AUGCCGGGAAAAGAACCAUCUAGUUCAUUGGUGGAGAAGGCAGAGGCGUCAAGUAAGCGCCAAGGAAACAUUAAAAGCGCGUUUUCGUGUCCUUCUGCUCCAGCGGCACCUGUGACAACGUACUGCCCUAAAACUCCCAGCCUCAGCUUGUUUCCAACAUGGAAACUGAAGCACAGCCAAGAGAAGCAGCAUCUGCCGGGGGACUGUCUACCUCUCAAUCCUCCCGACAGCUGCAAUGAACGCCGCUGCAGACCCGAAAACAUUCCGUCAGCUUCAACAUCUCAUAAUGAAAAUAACAUGGAAACGAACUUGACCCAGGGUAAAAUCCAGUGUGAAUUUGCAACCCACGAGCGAUUUCCCGGUCCCCCACAUAUUGUGAGAAGACGCACGUGCUGGGCGUCGGGGUUGGAAAAGGAAAAGCCUGCAAGUUUAGUGACCCGGCAAACGGGCCCAAGCAAAAGCGACGAAAAAGAGGCGAAUGAGUCAUCAGGGGGAGGCACUACACGUCGGCCUGUGGCGGUGAUGCGAGUUUCCGAUCCAGGGCCUUAUCGCGCUCCGCAUCCAGAAGGGACCAAAAUUGGUUCUCUCCCCAAAGUUCCCAGUGAGAUAGAAGUGCUUCGGUCUCGUCUUUCUCGAGACGAGAAGGUGAAGCAUACAACUGGUCUCCGUUCCACUCUGAAUCCAAAUGAAAUGAAUGCUCUGUUAGAAAGGCUGACGCUUAGAACUUCUGACGCAGUCCAAAGCAAAAAGAUCCUCGAGCGGGAGAUCCAGAAACACAAGAACCGCACCCGGUAUUUGCGGUGUGAAGAAUACAAACUUAUGCGGGAGCUCGAGGAUCUACGGAGGAAGGCUAAGGCUGCUCAGCAACGUGAGCAGCGUCAUGCUGAGAAACAAAUCAGUGGUACGGAGAGUGGAAAAAAAGAUUCAGAGCUACAUUUCAAAGAGUUAUGUACCGGUUUUUCAAAUUCUGUCGUGUAUCCCUCCACAGCGGUCAGUGACGGAAGGAAGAUUCCUGAAGUUUCUUAA